AUGGACAACACACAACAACACAAAUGGGAAGUGGGCAUUUUGCAGGGAAAAGCUAGUUAUUUCAAGGAUAUUAAAUUUGUUAAUGGUAACAACCAAAUGGUGACUUCUAAUAACGUUGUGUCUUACGCUGACCGUUCCAAUUGCUACAAUGUGCACCCACAACUAUAUGGGGAUAACGCGACCAGACUGUUCACCUACUGGACUAGUGAUUCAUAUAAAAGCACCGGAUGUUAUGACCUUCUUUGUUCUGGGUUUGUUCAACUUGAUGCUGGAAUAGCUGUGGGAAGUCGCAUCACACCAUUAUCUGUCUAUGGUGACGCUAAUUCCCAAUAUGGUAUCACCAUCAUGAUCUGGAAGAUGCAAUAUGGUGAAGAUAAAGUCAUGGGAUAUUGGCCUUCGUCUUUGUUCUCACACUUAUCUGAUAGUUCAACAGCGAUACAGUUGGGAGGUGAAGUAGUAAACUCAGAAUCAGAAGGCCAGCACAGCACAACGCAAAUGGGAAGUGGCCAUUUUCCUUCAGAAGGUCAAGGGAAGGCUGGCUACUUCAUCAACAUUAAGUAUAUUAAUGGCCAAAACCAACUCUUGCCUGCUGGUAACUUGGUCCCUUACGUUGAUCAUCCCAAUUGCUAUGAUCUCCGAACUGAUCAUAAUGAUGAUUGGGGCAACUUCUUCUUUUAUGGCGGACCUGGAAGAAACCCUAAUUGCCCAUGA